CUCAGGGCAUGCCUGGCAAAUGGAACAUGGAUCUGUCAACAGGGACAAGAAGAAAGCCAAGGUGAAGCUCAAGACAAGCAAAUUUGGAAUAAGUGAAAUGGUGAACAAACACAAGCCCUGGAUUGAGACAUCGUACCAUGGAAUCAUAACUGAAAACAAUGACACUGUCAUUUUGGAUCCUCCUCUUGUUGCUUUGGACAAAGAUGCACCUGUUCCAUUUGCAGGUGAAAUCUGUGCUUUUAAAAUCCAUGGACAAGAAAUGCCCUUUGAAGCUGUUGUGCUAAACAAAACAUCUGGAGAAGGUCGUCUUCGAGCAAGAAGUCCUAUUGACUGUGAACUGCAGAAGGAAUAUACUUUCAUCAUCCAGGCCUAUGAUUGUGGAUCAGGACCAGGUGGAACAAACUGGAAGAAAUCUCACAAGGCAGUGGUCCAUAUCCAGGUAAAGGAUGUCAAUGAGUUUUCACCAGCUUUCAAGGAGAGGGUGUAUAAGGCCACUGUGACAGAGGGAAAGAUCUAUGACAGCAUCCUGCAGGUAGAAGCCAUAGAUGAGGACUGUUCCCCCCAGUACAGCCAGAUCUGCAACUAUGAAAUUGUCACAACUGAUGUUCCUUUUGCUAUUGACAGAAAUGGUAACAUCAGAAACACUGAGAAGCUAAAUUAUGAUAAACAGCACCAGUAUGAGAUAAUGGUAACAGCCUUUGACUGUGGACAAAAACAUGCAACAGAAGAUGUCUUGGUACGAGUUAAUGUCAAACCAGUGUGCAAACCAGGCUGGCAAGACUGGAACAAACGGAUUGAGUACAAGCCUGGCUCUGGCAGCACACCUUUGUUUCCCAGCAUUCAUCUAGAAACAUGUGAUGGACCAGUCUCCUCUAUACAUACCACCAUCGAAUUACAGACCAGUUCCAUUGGAAAGGGCUGUGAUCGUGAAACGUACUCAGAAAAGUCUCUGCAGAAAUUAUGUGGAGCUUCCUCAGGUGCCAUUGACCUGUUACCAUCUCCCAGUGCAACAACGAACUGGACAGCUGGGCUUAUCAUGGACAACAAUGACAUGAUUUUUAAAUUUGAUGGAAAGCAAGGAGCCAAAAUCCCAGAUGGAAUCGUCCCCAAGAAUUUAACUGAUCAAUUCACCAUCACUCUGUGGAUGAAACAUGGACCUAGUCCAGGUUUAAGAGCUGAGAAAGAGACUAUUCUCUGUAACUCUGACAAGACAGAGAUGAACCGGCACCACUACGCCCUGUACGUGCACAACUGCCGCCUGGUGUUCCUGCUGCGCAAGGACUUUGAUCAGGCCGACACCUUCCGUCCCGCGGAGUUCCACUGGAAACUGGACCAGAUUUGCGAUAAAGAAUGGCAUUACUAUGUUGUCAAUGUUGAGUUUCCUGUUGUUACAUUAUACAUGGAUGGAACAACCUAUGACCCUUACCUGGUGACCAACGACUGGCCCAUCCACCCGUCCCACAUAGCCAUGCAGCUGACAGUUGGAGCUUGUUGGCAAGGAGGUGAAGUCACCAAGCCCAGAUUUGCUCAGUAUUUCCAUGGCAGCCUGGCUAGUCUCACUAUCCGGCCAGGCAAAAUUGAGAGUCAGAAAGUGAUUUCCUGUUUGCAAGCCUGCAAGGAAGGUCUGGAUAUUAAUUCUCUUGAGAGUCUCGGCCAAGGAAUAAAGUAUCACUUCAACCCUUCCCAGUCAGUCCUUGUCAUGGAAGGAGAUGACAUCGAGAAUAUAAAUCAAGCUCUCCGAAAGGUCUCAUACAUCAACUCCAGACAGUUUCCUACUGCAGGCAUACGACGUCUGAAAGUCUCAUCUCAAGUCCAGUGUUUUGGUGAAGAUGUCUGCAUCAGUGUCCCAGAUAUAGAUGCGUAUGUAAUGGUGUUUCGGGCCAAUGAGCCCAGGAUUACAAUAAGUGGGAUGGAUCACUUUGCUAGACCAGCUGCACAGUUUGAAAGUGAAAGAGGUGUUGUUUUGUUACCUGACAUCAGGAUUGUCAGCACAGUUACUAAAAUGGAGCAUCCAGUGGACUUAGAACAUGACAGAGCCAAUAAGCCCGUGGUACUAGAGGAAAUGCUCCACAACUUGGAUUUCUGUGAUAUUUUGGUCAUUGGUGCAGAACUAGAUCCUGAACAAGAGUGUUUAGAACUAGAUCAUGUGGAACUUCAAGGAAAACAUCUAGAUGCCACAAAUUCCACAGCAGGAUAUUCAAUCUAUGGUGUGGGCAGCAUGCACAGCUACGAGCAGGUUCUUCGGCAGGUGCGCUACCGGAACUGGUGCACGUCUGCCACCUCGGACAGGAAGUUCAGAGUCAAGUGCUCAGAGCUAAAUGGACGUUACACCAGCAAUGAAUUUAACUUGGAGGUUAAUAUUCUACACAGCUCCAACUUCAUGGACCAUGUAAAUCAUAUGAUAGUACAACCACAGUUUCUCCAAUCUGUCCACCACCAAGAGGGAAGCAUAAGUGCUGUUCGCAACUCAGUCAUUCCCAGUGUGGCUACUGUUGUUAUCAUAAUCUGUGUGAGCAUUCUCGUCUUCAUCGUGACCCUGGGCGUCUAUCGCAUCCGGAUGGCUCAUCAGCGCCGCGCUGCCGACAGCGAAGGGAGUAAAGAGAAUGAAAUGGAUUGGGAUGAUUCUGCUCUCACUAUCACUGUCAACCCCAUGGAGAAAUAUGAAAAGCCUCACCAGACAGAAGAGGAAAGUGAGGAAGAAGACAUAGAAGAUGAAGAUGAAGACACAACCAGUGCUGAAUCAGAUGAAAGUGAAGAGGAAGAGGAGGAGGAAGAGGAAGUGAUUGUCCAAAAGGAAGCCAAACAGAAUGCCACCAGGAGAGAGCAGUUAGAGUGGGAUGAUUCCACACUCCCCUACUAGCCGCCCUCCAGCCACGUUGCUCUUUUGUAACAACCAAUACAAUGUCUUUUCAGAGUCUAUGAAUUCAUUGACAGGAUUUGAACUUCUGCUUGCCUAUAACUGUUUUGCCUAAAACGACCUUGUUGUAGUAAUUCAUAAUGAUAGAACUGACCCUUUUCUACAAAGCCCAGAGGGAACAUGGUACAAACACACUGGUAGCACCAGUAAUAAAGUAAUCCAGAACCUGAUCUGUUAGCAAGUGUAGUUCUCCGUUUCCUGUUUCUGUAACGCAGAUACGUGACAGAAGUCCUGUCACUCCAUCCAUAGAGGUUUUUGCCUUUGCUGUUUUUUUCAUACAGAAGAGACUGCAGCUUGUUAUGAAGAAUCACUUGUGUGCGUCCAAAUAACAGUUGCUAUUUGACUUCACAGUUUUACAGGUAUGAAAUAUAAUCCACCUUCAAAUGGGGGCAGAGCUUUAGUGCUACAGGUGGCAGAAAUUGAAUGCCAUUUUUCAUCUUGUCCUGCCUUCUUGGAUGUUAACUGUCUUCUGUAGGGGAAUAUCUAGGACUUGACACGGGAUGCAUGUGUGCCUGUGUAGAAGUGGACAAUGUAUUUUUUUCAGGCAUGCUGUCAGUACCCUCAAGGCAGGGAUUUUUAUCCAGCCCACACACAGAAACUUGAGAGGUUAAAAAAAAAAACAAAACAAAACAUCAACAGGCUGCUGAAAGUUACAAAAGGAAAAAUAAUAAUAACAAAAAAAAUCAUUCUGUGUCCACAGAUUGAGUUAUAUGAUCUUAUGCAAACUGUAAAUUCUAAUGGGAUUGAUUUAACUGAAGACCUGUAGAGCUGCUCAUUAGUUAUGGAUUGAGCAAUUUGCAGCAAAUCGAUGCUUUAAAUGGUCUGUCUUGUAAAUUCAUUAGCUUGCUGCAGUAUCUUACUGAAGUAGUGGAAAAUAAGUGACCCCAUUAUUCCAUAGCUAUGUAUGGUUGGGAUUUAAACAAUGAUUUUUACCUGAGGAAAAUAUUCCCUUUUCCUUUAGUGAAUGCCAGCUGGAAUUCUUGUCUGGCUGUAUUCUGUAAAACAUUGUGCCAUAUUUCUUCUGUACCCUUACCCACCUGGCACAAGAGAAAGUGACAACAUAACACAAGUGUCAGCUUUCUUUUGGGCUUAUAACUCUCCCUUAUUUCUUCCUCCUGAAGCCAUUAAUGUUGAGAAAAGGUUUUAUAAAUUAGAACAGGAACAAUUAAAACCUACUUGGAACCAAAAGAAGUGAGAACAAAACUAUACUCUUAAGAGGCUGAGAGAGUAUUUUAGUUUGUUAUGGUAACACAGCAUAUUUUUCUUAAACAGUUUAAAAAGGGAAAAAAGAAAAAAAAGAGUAGAAAAAGCAAAGCUACGUACAAUGUGUUGGUAAGUCUGUGUGGUGUGUUUUUGGUCCCCUUUCCUUAAUUCUCUUUGGAUCUUCAAAUGCUCUGCAUACCAAAUGAUGCAGCACUUGCUAGGAUAACUGCUCUACUAGGAAACAGAAUGGCAUGGACGUGAAUGCUGCCUAGUAGCUUGUUUGUUGUUUUUUGUUGGUUUUGUGAUUUUUUUUUAAGUACCUCCUUUUCUUUACAGUUUCAUAAUUGACUUUUGGUUUUUGCUUUUGUAAUUUGCUGUUUAAAAUGAGCUGCUUCCUCUCUCCCAGAAAAAUAAGCAGUCUUGCCACAACAGGACCUUCCCAAGUACCCAUGAAUGAGAGUUGAUAUUGCAAAAAUUAAUUUGAGCAAACUUGAGGGUAUCCACCUUCCUUAAUACUAAAUUUUUAGCUGCUCCUAAACUUCAGAAUGCAGAGAAUAUAUUAUGGCUUUGAGGAUUCUUGUAAUUCCAGUUUCUUCACCUGACAAUUGCAAGGAAAGCCUGACAACAACUAGACCUUGUAGUUUAGUAACUAGAAAGUAAAUGAAAAGAGCUCCAAGUUAUUUUUAAAAUUAGAGAUCUUCAUGCUUCUCUUGGUUGUGCCAACACAAUUGUUAUUAACAAUUAUUAAUUAUUGUUUAAAACAAUUAUUGUUAUUAAUUAAUAACAAUUAUUGUUAUUAAUUAUUGUUUAAAACAAUUAUUAAUUGUUAUUAAUUAUUGUUAUUGCCAACACAAUUGUUAUUAAGACUGGCAAUAUAGAUAUUUUCUUAUCUGAGCAGUUCUUUUAUUUUUAUUCUGGUGUCUCACAUGUAUUCAACUUAAAAGAAUAUUUGUAGAAUCAAGGCCACAUAAACACAAAUUAUUUAUUUAGCAGGAAUAAAAGCUCUGUUAAACAGGAAAUUAAUUUUAAAAUUUGUUGAUAUCUUGAACAGAGAUUUUAUGUUAGAUCAUUUCCUAGCAUCCUAAAUAAUUUCCUAGUGUUACUUUUUUCCUAGUGAAAUGAAGCAGGCUCUCUGUGUGAUGCUUGUCAUCACGUAUCAGCAAAGCUCUCUGCUCAGAAAAAAUAAGAUAUUUAAAAGUGGAUAUUUAAAAGUAAAUUUCAUAUUUAAAAGUAAAUUUCAUAUUUAAAAAUGAACUUAAUUUUUUUUUUUUAGUUUCUUGAUUACUAAUAUUGAUGUUAUCACAGCAAAUAUUAGGGCAUCCUGAAAACAGCAAUUUACAACCUUAUUGACAGCCUUUAAUUCUUUUAUAUGUUCAUGUCUUCAUCAGUCUAUUUCUCCAUCUAAUAGAUUUUUUUAACUUUUUGUUACUGGAAGCAAAACUUCUCAUGUCCUGCUGGUAUAUUACACAAGCAGCAAACAAAGUAUUUUCUCUACUGUAAAUAAACCUACAUUUUUAAACCUAAGCAAAGUAAUACAGGCAUGUGUGUUGUCAUUAAAAUUUGGUUUGCAGCAAGAUAUUCAGCAAACUGAAAUGUAUCACACUGUAUUUAUUUUAGAUUACUCAUUUGAGUGCAUUAUGAAGCAUUUUUCAUUCAAACAGAAAAAUCCAUUUCACAAAAUUUUAGUGAGAAUGAGAUGUGUCUUCAAAAAAUGAACCUUAGAAUUAGAGUAUUUGUAUAGAAGUUGACAGCAGUGACUUCAUCAGCUAAAGUCUACUAGCAGAAUAACAUAAAAUAUCACUUUUAACAAUUUUUCUCCCCUCUGUGAAUUAUUUUUGAAUGCUAACUACUUGCUUAAAACCACACCCCACACACAGAUACACACAAACGAAAGUGCACAAAAAAAAAUUAAAAUCUCUGAAGAGGUAACCAUAAUACAUGACAUUAGGAAUCUGUGACACUAGAGGUCUAACAUGACAGCACAUCAAUAAAUGACUUAAUUCUUGAAAUUCUAACCUAAGGCUGGGGGAAAAGAAAAAAAAAAAGCUGCAAAACCUACAAAUAAAAUUGAGGCUGGUGAGACACUGUUAGCUGAAUUACUGUAACUGCUUAAGUUGCUUUUUUGUGAUCAAUAGCUCACAUUUCUUUUUCACUUGUACUGUCUCCACAGGCAUUUAUCUUUGCAAGUAAACCUUAAAAUGCACCAUUGUUGAGCUUCAUCUCAAUAUUUACUGCAUUGGCUCACACCAGUUCAAAUUAGAAAUAGAUGCAUAGGCUUCAUAACAGUUUUUAAUACUAAUUAAAAUGCUACCUGCACAUUCAAACUAGCAGCAGUCCCCCACAGUGGGAGUUCAACUGCUUUUGAACUGGUGACCUGUAACCAGAGAGGCAGCAAAUAAUGCUUUUACCUGGUGGGGAUCCCAGCAGGUUGGGACUUCCUCUUCUGGAAGUUUCGGUGCCAGCACAUGCACCAUCUUGUUCAUCACCCCCGUGCAUGGUUAGCAGAAGAGGAGACUGAACGGAAAGGUCUGCUGGGAUGGACCCAAGGAGCUGCUUCUGGUAUCCUGAAAUAUACAUUAUAAUACCAAAAAUUAAGGACAUUUUCAAAAGGAUAAGGAUACUUAGGGAAAGGAACUUAAACUGUGAGAACAUCUUCACAAAAUUCUCUUUCUUUAAUUCCCACAUGCUGACUAGAUGAAAUAUCUCCAUACCAGUAUAGUACCAGUAUUGUUUAUUGAAAAAUCACAAUGAAACCUCCUAGCAAAAUGCAAUUUCCAUAUAAAUAAUUUCCAGAAAUCUAGCAGUAGGCAAAGGGAACCAAGUGCUAAAAAUCUCAGUGUCUGAUAUCAUGACUAGUUUUGAGGGGCAAAUUUGCUUCACCUCUCUGGAUUGCAGCUGUUUCCAUGGUGUGCACUGAAUACACUACUCUUAGAAACCACCAAUAGGUUAACAACAAGAGAACUGCUCAUUUGGCAGAAAAAUAAAUGUCAUGCUUGUGUGGGGAACAGUCCAUCUCCUCCCCCCCCACAUAAGACUAGACAAAAUGUCUUUCAAGCCAGCAAAAAAAGAGGUACCUAAAAAGAUAUUUUAAAUAUACUUGGGUAUUGGUUUUUGAUUAAAUCCUAGAGUUGAAAAAAAAUAAAAUCCAUUAGAAGACAUUUUGGACAAGUAUUGACAGUUGCCAGACUGAGAAAUAAUGGUGAUAAGAGCAAAUUUUUGAAAAAAUAAACAAACUGAUACACAAUAUUAUAUGUGUGUGUGUGUAUAUAUAUAUAUAAUAGUUUGGCUACAUACAGAUUUUAUGUAAUAUGGUGUGUAUGUAUAUAUAUAUAAAAAACAAUACAUUAUCUAGAGUAGAAAUGCACCCCUAGUUUUAUCUGUCAUUUUCUAUGAAGCUGCAUGGAUUCAGGCAGCAUGUCCAGACUUGCUCUGAGAUUGUCUGGAAAUCCUGGAAACAAAGUAUAGACCGUCUAUGCCCUUAAAAUGGGCUAAUUAUGGCUUUUUAGGAUCCUAGUCAGAUGCUAGUCAUCUUGCUAGCUAGCUGGAAAUCACAGACAAAAGGCCAAGGAGCUCUGGGUCUGCCCUAAUAAAAAUUACUGACCAAUAAAAGUAGAAACCUGGAUGUGCAGUAGACUCAUCUUCAAGUUUCACUUACUUUUGACCAUAAGCCUUGGGAUUAACGCAUCUCUGGAGGACCCAUGUAGCUGCUGACCUUUACACUUAGUAUCUGCAUAAGGCACUUCUCAUACACCAAUUGGACAAACCUAAGGAGGAGAUGAGAGAAAUAAAAUUUAAAAUAUUAAAUAAAGAAAAAAGACUGUCAGAUACAGCAAAAUUGACUUGAAUAAAAAUAUUGCUAUUAAUUGUACAUAAUGCCGUGCUACAGAAGUAAGAUCUUCCUCAUGUUUCUUCUAGUAUCACCAGCCAUUAUAUUAACAUUAGAUUAUCUGCCUCCUCAGCUAAGCUGGAAGGGCGACAAGCUCUCUUCAUGCAACUUCCUCAUUGCCCACAGUCUGCAAACACAUAGUAUGAAAGUGCCACUCCAAACAGCUGCAACAAUUACAGCCACUCUCCUCCCUCAAAGAUCUAGGCAUUGCCAGAAACCCCCAACACUCCCCAUGCUUAUAUCCAAACCAUGCAACACUUUGCAAAAUAAAAUAAAUAUGGUUUACAGCACAAAAAAGCCAACAGUGAUCCUGCACAACCUUUGUACAUUUGGGGCAAUCAGACUAUUUGCUUUAGCACUUGGGUAUUUCUCUCUUUGGGAGUUGGGUUUUUUGGUUAGUCUCUCCUGGAGUCCAGACUAUUUAUUUUAUCAGGUUGGAGAAUAAAGGCAGGUUUGAAGGGUGAUCACUAAAGCUAUAACUGAGUAAAAUAUAUACGCUUAACUCAUCCAAUCCUAAUAAAUAUUUCUGCUAAAUCUAUCAGGAAAAUUACCCCAUUAUUACAGAGGAUAUCUCAAAAAGUAAUUAUCCUUCAUUACCUUUGUAAGAAGGUGGGAUUUUUUGUUUUUCUCUAAAGACAACAUGAUAAUAAAAAAUAAAUUCACAGUGCUUGAGCAGAGUAAAAAGUGAAAGGGAAGCAAGAGCUUUCCUUUCAUACAACUCUAACAAAGGCUUUAAAAUAACAAUUCUAACCCACGUUAUUGAAGCAUGACACAAGAAAAUGAAUCCAGGGAGUGGUGUAUGUUCAUAACUUCUUUCCUGUGAUGAGAAGACAGUUACCAGGUCAGGUACCUUUUUUUCCCUAGAGACAUUUUGCUGCCUUCUAAGUAGGUAUUGACUAGUUACAGUUUCCAUUUCUCUGCUUGUAAAUAGGAAUAAUUAUAUUGCCAUCCUUGGCAAAGUACUGUCAGCCCUGCACAUGUAAAGCACUGUCAAAAAGUUCAGCUCUAGUUACAGCCCUCCAUUGUGGAACAACACCCCCACCCCCCCCCACCACACAUACAAUGAAUGACACAAUGGUCAAGACCUUUAAGCUCUAGUUUCAUUAUUAUUGCCUAUGAAGAAACACAAUAGUUUCAAAUGUUACAAACAUUGGAACAGUUCAGAAAAAGCCCUUAUUCCUAUUUUCAACUCUUAACUCUUUUGGAAAUUGUGCAUUGAUCAGCUGUGUGCAUAGAUCAGCUGUCGAAGCUACAGGGUCAUAUAUUGUCAGUAUUUGUGCCUGUUCUGAGAAUAAAACAACAGGAUUUUUUUCCCACCUAAGGACAUUGUAGGAUAAGUGUGCAGCUUUCACUAGGCAAGGUGCACAGAGCCUGCCAAAGGCAAAGAGAAGCUGUCUCCAAAUGGGGGACAAAGGUUUUACAAUCAUAUUCUAUCCUUAAACUUUAGAAACCUAGAAAAUUUCAUGGGAUUAAAAGGCCUUUCUGCUGCCCUACCUAUUUGUUUUUUUAUAAAUCUGGAUAUGUUUUUGGGUUUUCAGAGGCAUUUAACUUCCUAACUGGAUAUAAAGAUCUUUCAGAUUUCUUUAGGUGUAUUAGCCCAUAAAAUAACUUUUGGCUAAAGUUUUCAGGACAUUGUAGGGUAAAAACAAAAACAAAACAAACCAACAAAAAACCCUAACAAAUUCCAAUUAUUUUUAAUUACAUCUUUUUUCUUUCUGCUGCUGCCUCCCCUAAAUAUAUAAACAGAUACAGAAGACCUGAUCAGAAUACCCUGACCAAGUCUGUGAUUUCAAUUCAGUACUGCAAUUGAAAACAAAUUAUUUUUUUUUUAAUCCGCUUCAUGUGCACACAUAUAGAUGAGAAGGAGGAUGGUUGUUUUAAGUGGGCAUGGUCUUUGGAAUGUGGAAUGGAUUAGCUGUAGUCAGUUCUCUUAGAAGACUGAGUUAUUUCGGGAAGAGUGAACAGGGAGGUGGGAGAGAAUAAUGCAUGAAUAGCAGACAGAAAGAUUUAAGUUUUCCAGUUGAUGUGAAAAAAGCUAGAAUGUAAUACUCCAGAAUCAAGAGAGAUUAAAAGCUGGAGCAUCAAACAGUAAGAAAAUGGAAACAUGCUCUUUUAUGCCCAGAACGGACAGCUAUCACAGUCAACAAGAAGAAAAAUUAAUAGAAGGUUGUUGAAGGCUUCUGAGAUGACCAUGUGUAUAUGCACACAUGCAUGUGUGCAUUGAUACAUAUAUGUAUAUAAUAAUGUAUACAAGAAAAUCACCUACUGUUUCCCAGUAUGGAGGUGUUUGUUGUGGUCAUGAACUAAAAUCUUAAGUUCUACAUAGAAAAAAAAUUAAGGAUAAUGAUCAUCCCUGGAAAAUUCUGAGAGCUGAAGCUAUUAUCUCCAUUCUCAAAUCAAGCACUGGCAUGAUUAUUGUUAGAUUCUCCACAAACUGAUACAAAAAGUGUUAGCUACAUCUUAAAAGAUUUUUUUUGCAUUCUGUUGUAAAUAUUGGACGACCAGAAUCUUGAGUAAAUAAUUGAUUGUGAUUAACAGGCAGUUCUGUUCAAAGGGUCAUCACAACCAGGAUGGAAAGAUACAGCAGAGUGGGUUACUGUUUUGUAGAGUAAUACAUGCUAUGGUUAGAAUUCCUAAUAACUGUUCCAGCUAAAUUUCAGUGUGUUUAGAAGUUGCUGCUAGACUCAUUAAAUCAUAGAAAUAAAGGUUAGUAGUCAGAAAGAAAAAGUAGUAUAGCUAGAGUAUUAUGCUAACAGUGCAGAACUGUUCCCUAGAAUAUAUUUUCUAGUGUAGGGGUGGGGAUGUUUCAACCUACUUAAACGUUUCUAAGCCUGGGGCUUCUACUGCUUCCCCUGGGAGACUAUUCUAGAGUCUAUUAGAAGCUUUUCCUGAUAAUAAAUUUAAAUAAUCUUUUUUGUAAUUUUUAUCUCAUUAGUCCCAGUUAUACCCUUUUGCACCACCCUAAAUAAUUCCUCUAACCAUGAUUUAUAUCCUUUGAAUAUUUUUAGAUAGUUAUCAAGUUCAUUGCCUUUGGUCAUUUAUUACAGAGGCUAUGAAUCCCUCCUCCUCCCAAUUCAUUCCUGCAGUCUCACAUUUCUUACCUUUUAAUGAAAUAUCAUUAAUACAGAAACUAAAAAAACUGCUAUUUCCUUAAAUUAGACAUGGUCAGUUCACUCUGUUAAAGUGUUCUGUGUUGGUGUGUGUCACUGCGUAAGCUGUCAAAGGUUAAAUAAUAAAUUUAUAUUGAAAUUUGAUUUUUAAAAAAAAAUCCUUGCUGUAAUCUAUGGAUAAGUUCUCAUAUAAUGUACAUUUGACAGUGUCUUCUAUGUCGGUAUGAUUUAACAAAGCCAACCAAUAAACAUUGAAGCCAACCAAACACUAAUACAAAGUAGUAAUUUGUUAAAAAUUAGAUUGUCAUUAUUAAUUUGAAGACAGACAUUGUUAUUCAUGUGCCAAUGCUUUCAAGUGUCCCUACACUGAUCAGUACCUACUACCAAUCCAUUCUUUUAAGACAGCUAUUUCUCCUCAAAUCUCACUGGUAGAAUGCACCUACUUUCUAAAGCAGGUACUCAAGAUUUCUAGCUGUAUCUUAACUGCUGCAAAGAAAUAGAAUUGUGCCAAUUUUCUGAAUAUUUUCUGAGUACUGGUCAGCCAAAACAGAACUGAAAGCCCUGUGCUCAAAGGCCCACUGCAGCACUAAGAGCGGAGUGAAAUAAAACUGUCUUCCUCAUUUGCUCUGUCUAAAUGGAUUGAUGCAAAGGGAGAACAGACACACUAAGCCUUCCAGUGUUGACUUAAGGGUAAUAUACACUUCCCUCAGCAUAUCUCUGUCCCUAAUAAAUGACAGCUAAGACAGUAUAAAUAAUAUUGGAAGGAAUUACAAAUUGCCAUCAGUGGUGUCAGGUCAAACAAGCAUUGGCUGAUACAAUGGAUGAGAAAAGCCAGUGGAAAUACCCUUCAGCUUUCUGCAAAUCUCUGUGUCAUUAUAGCUUCCUGUCACCACUUUGUGCACCUUUCCAAAAUAUCUUGAGUAAAUUAAGUCUAAUAUACUACGGAGGAAGAUGAUUCAGCCUUGCAAGGUGAGCUUGCAAAGGGAGAGAAAAAAAGAAGAGGAAUUCCUGAGCAAGGAACUGCAAAACAUGACUUAAGUUAUGAUGAGCACCAGGGCAGGAAUCAGACAUUCACCUUAAAUGUUGCUGGAGUUUGGUGGAAGGGGUUGUUUCUAGUUAGAAUUAACUGUAUAGUUACAAAAUAUAUGUUACUGAGAGCUGAGAAAUAACUUCAUCAUGUUGAAUAUAACCACUCUGAGCUCUAAUAGGCUGGGACAGUUCUAUUCCAUAUUCCAUACUCCAUCAGCCUGCAAUGGCAUAGAGCUUUUCACACGUAAUUCAUAAUUUCCUAGAUUUGCUUCCAUGUUGCUGCAUCAGUCCUUGUUGAGGAGCAGUAACUGCAGUUGGUAGCAAGUAUUUUGCAGCCUGGGAUUGUUUCCUAGCAGUCCAAUCUCUGUGUAGUUGUGGCCUCUUCUAUUUAUAAUAAAAAAUAUACCAGAUGGGAUUCAAAUAAACAAAUCCUCUAUCGUUGCAACCCCUUAAGUGUGUCUCAAAAUAACAGACUCUUCUAUCCAGGAGAGAUGCUCACUAUAUAUAUAACAAUGUAUAUGUGAAACAAUCAUAAAACACAUCUAGAAAUGUCUUUUUGCAGAUGCUAAAUGCAUCUAUGAAAGCAUGAAUCUAUACAAUUUAUGCAGAUAAUUAAGUAAAUUACUAUAUGUACUUUAAAAAGUGACUAUAAAAUACAAAUUAUUUUUGAACUCAGAUACAAAUAUCUGUUGCUUUGGUGGGUUUUUUAAAAAAACAACAUUUUCUUUACGAAAAUCUAUGGUAAAUUUUGAAACAUGAUAAAGUACACAAAACCUAACUACAUGCAGUGGGAACAAGCUGUACAAAACCCCUUCCAUGGCAUUGUGGUGUAUUUCAUAAAAGCCACGUCAUUUUGCACAGUCAUCUCUGACUUUGAGAUUGUUAAUAUCCAUGUUUCCCACACGACUUAUUAAAUGCAUAAUGGAAAUAGAACUGUUAUUUUAAAACUUGGCCUCUACUUCUGUAGAUGUAUAAAACCAGAUACAUUUUUGUGGUCACUGCGGCACUUUGUGAAUUGGCCAAUAAAAAUAAUUUUUAAAUUUCACAUAAAAGGUAAUGUUCUAUAAUCUUUAUUUCACCAAUCUAUGUAGUGUUCUCAUUUUCUGAACAAAAACCCUUAAACAUUAACACCUCUGGUGGCAAAGGUUAAAUACUUGUUCUGUAUCUGCUAGCUCGUUUGCUAAUUACUAGAGAGGAACAUACUAUGUGUCAAAAGAUCAGUACAGUUUUAAAGCACCUACAUAACUUUUCAUUCUUCUGCCGAGAAUAUGGAAAGGGAAACAAGGAACAGGGAACCUUUUGAAGAGUUGUUGGUAUUUACAUUAAACAGCCAUCUAUUUUCACAUUUCACUUUGGUCUGAUA